AUGGACGACCUCAGUCCUAACGAAACAUUAGAGGGUCCAAGAAUGGCCCCAAAAUGUGUCUCGGACUUUGAAGGUUCGCCAAAUGUGGCAUAUUGUUUAUGCGCACAUAGUCUCAUAGCAAGGUCUCACCGAGACAAGGCAUUACUCAUAGCAGCCAUGCAUAAGUCCCUCAAGUUGCAGCAAUUCAAGAAGAUGCAACGCGGAUUGGGUAUGCGGCAAAUCCUGCUUACCGUUGUCACAGCUUUUUUGCUCAAUAACCCCCUCGUAAGAGCAGCACCCGCCUCUGGCGAGAUAACGAAACCCACCGAAUUGACACCGCCCAUUGUAUCAAGUGACAACUGCUUCAAGCCUGGUCGUUUCCCGGGCGUGAAGCAUCUACACAAAACCUCACAACAAGACUGUCAUCUUGCAGUCGAAUUAUGGCGACAAGCCCAUAACCCAUAUCCUGGACACCCCGAGAAGGCCAUAACAUUCGCAAGAGAUCCAAGUGCUCAUGCUGGCCUGGUAAUCAAUUACAAGGCUCCCUUCUCAGUCCCGUACGGGCACUGUCGAGUGCAGGUCGAUUUAAAGUCGGAAGACAAGGACUUGGUCGCUUUCGCUAGCUUCGGGAACACUAUGUGGCUCCUGGAUGAUUUGGUUGACGUGUGCGUAAGUCCAAAAUUUGGCGGCUUUGGAGGCUCUUCAGCGAUGGCCCCAAGGCUGUUGGCCAGCGUGUGGGGACAGACGGUCAGAUCAGAACCUCUACAAUUUGAGACGAAGCUCCUCAAUGCCACAGGAAAUCUUGCAGAAGUGGACUUCUCGCCACAUAGCGACCAACUCGACGUGCUCCCUACUCAAAUUGAAUGA